AUGUCUCCAAUUUUUGAUAAUCCUUUCAGAAAUCCGUCUUCAAAAUAUCUUAUGCCCUUUAUGCGUUUCCUAAGUUUACCAACAAAAACUUCUGCUACUUCUCCUACAACAGUUGGUGGAAAGGCACCAACUAAAGCGACCGAUUGUAUCUAUGCAAAGUUACUUGUAAGACUUACUCAAGAAUUUAAUGACGACCUACUUGGAUUAUUUGCCUAUGGUUCCAGGAUUUAUGGAAAUGCUUGCCCUCAUAGAAAAUGUCGACGGAAUGUCGUUAUCGACGGUUUGGAGGUUGAAAUGUUUAUUCACCCACCCGAACACGUUUGUCACAUUUUGACACAUGACCCAUAUGGUAUUAUUUUACGAUGUUAUACGUUUGGCCGUAUCAUUUAUGACCCAAACAACAUACUACCACAAUUACAAAAAUUGGCUAAACUUCGCUGGGAGGCGGGUCCCCCAACACUUGAACCAAAGGAUAGUUGGCGACCACGUUAUGAAAUCGCUGAUUUAUUGCGUGAUUUAGAAGAUAGUGACUUUGUACGUGAUGAAGCCACCGCACAUUUUUUGUUGGUAAAAUUAGUUGAAAGGUUGGCACGCAUUCAAGAACGUUUAUGUCGUCGUUGGCCCGAAAAAUUGAAACGUUGUAUUGAAGGUUGGGAAAGUUGGGACUCGGUCGGAGGAAGAUUGGCUAAGCGAUCACUGAAUUCUAAUGUCAAAUGGGCUGAAAGAUUAAGAUGUGCUAGGGAUUUGGCAAAAUAUGUUCUUGAGCCAAUUGGAGGUGUCAUGCCAAUUGAAUGGAAGAUGGAUUGGGAGGAAAUACCUCCUGCAGAAGAAUCAUUUAGAAAGUUAAUAAUACCAAAAAUAGAGGUUUUCAUAUCUUCAUAA